AUGUCCGAGAGUGAGAACGAGUACGACGACACCGAACAGCACGCUAGAGACGACGAAUACGACGACAAGAUGGCUGAGCGGAACGCAACUUCUGAGGGUGCCGAUGCCAACAGCGAGGUCAAGAAGACAUAUGACCCAAAGGACCCUUUGCGUCCUCGCCGAAAGAAGGCUAGGCGCGCUUGUUUUGCCUGCCAGCGAGCUCAUCUCACUUGCGGUGACGAACGGCCUUGCCAGCGGUGUAUUAAGCGCGGGCUGAUGGAUAGCUGCCAGGAUGGAGUCAGGAAGAAGGCCAAGUAUCUCCACGACGCGCCCCCUGAGGCGCUACGACCAGUAUUAGGCCCCAACUAUAACCCGAGCCCGCCGUCGACGCGACAUAACGGCCAGCGACAUCCCAGUGUUUCGACUUCAGAAGCGUCAUCUAGCGUGGGAGCUUUCUUUCCCCAGUCAACUGCGUCCCAGUUCCCAAUCUUCACAUCCGCGCAAGCCCCAAUAGGGAGCCUAGCGGACAACAUCCCCUUUGCUACGCAGCAGUCUCCCGUGUCCCCGUCCUUCCAAACAUCAGCCAACCCCCAAAUCAGUGGGAUAACAGUGCCCAACGUCUCGAGUCCGAUGGCAAGUUUCAACGCUCUACCAUUUGAUCCGAGCGAUCCCAACAUAUUCAACUUCAACCUUGAAGGCCUCAAUUUUGGCAGUCAUUACGGAGCCAUGGAAUUUGGCAUGUUGGGCCACAUGUCGUCCGGUGCUGCUGAGACUCCUCCCCAUGAAGCCUCCAUGUCGCGCGCUGCAAGCGGUAGCGUCAACUUUGGAUCCGGGGGAGUUUUUGGGAAUGGGGUCAACCAAUUCGACAAGGUUUACGACGGCGGCAUUAUGGAUGGCUUUCUCGGUCUCGAUGCACACUCAAACGGUGUAUACUCGCAAGGGAACCUGCAACACGGCUUACCGCACGCUUAUGCGAUUGCAGCCGGGCCAAACAGUGUCCAGAGUCCCAGUACUGAGAACAAUAGUCCGCAACCCUCUGCCCUUGGUUUCGAGGGCUCCCCAACCACGACGAGCUUUUCUACGACGACGGGCAACAAGCCGGCGAAUCCGCCAAGGCCGACCACUAGACAGUCGAACAAUCUUGCCAAGUUAGGAGCGCAGUCGAUUUUGGGGAAACGUCAACGGGAUCCCUCUUUCAUCUACGACAGUGUCAAGGAGCCAUUCGGGUAUGUGGCGAGCUUUCACAGGCUUUUCAACCUCAUCCAAAGCCGGUUCUCCUCAGCGCACACAUCCCGCAUCGCCAAGUCCUUAGCGAGCAUCCGCCCGUCCUUGCUAGCAUCCACCAGGAAUUUGACUAGGCAGGACCUGGUCUUCAUGGAAAAGUACUUCCAGCGAUCUCUUUUUGAGUACGAAGAGUUCAUGCAUCAGUGCUCCAGUCCUACUCUCGCUUGCAGGCGAACGGGAGAAGUGGCGGGCGUAAACAAGGAGUUUACGGCGCUCACUGGGUGGACAAAAGAAGUGUUGCUCGGCAAAGAGCCGAACCGUAACGUCAAUCUCGGCGGUUCCGCUUCGGAUAACGGCAACGCCAGGAGCCGACUCGGCCUGACGACACCCCGGCUCAGGAGCCUUAAUGCGGACAUGCAGGGGGCCGCAGAUGGGCCUCAACCUGUCUUUCUUGCCGAGCUAUUAGACGCCGAGAGUGCCGUCGAAUUCUACGAAGACUACUCACAGCUGGCAUUCAACGACAGCCGAGGCCACAAGACGAGAAAAUGCCGGCUCCUCAAAUACCGCACGCAAGAGAAGGCUGAGGGAGGCGGCAACGAAGACGUGCAGGCCCCACAAAAAGACCCUCGGAAUAGUAUCCUGAGCAACCGUGUCGCGAAGAUUGACGGCGAGCACGGGAUAUCGAAGCUGGAGCGAGAUGGCAAGCUCGAGUGCAGUUACACAUGGAUCAUCAAGCGGGAUAUGUUCGACAUGCCUAUGCUGUUUGUUAUAAACGUAGGUUUUCCCGGUCAUCUCGAAGUUGCGGGGCUGACUGGCUGA